GAUCCUGACCAUCCAUCUGUCCAUCAGCCGCCAGAACAUCACUCGGCCAAGACCGCUGCCCGAAACCCGCAUCUCCUCCCAGCGUCAAACAAUCGCAAUGCCUCUGUCAAGUGCUCUUCGAUCUGGAGACUCUGUUCUGAUGAUCGGCAACCCUGCCGCCACUCCCCAGGAUCUCCAGUCCUCCCGAGCUCAGAUUGUCGACAUCGUCGGGGCCGCCGGCUCGGUUGCCUUUGAGCAGCUGGAUCGUCUGCAGCAGAUCACUCUCAAGGGCUCGUCCUUCUCGGCCAUUGUCUCCGGCUGCGUCAACCCACCGGCAUUUGUGCACCCGGAAGCGUCGCUCUCUGCCCUUUCGCGGUCGCUCAAGCCCUCGGGCUCGUUCCACAUCACCGAACCCACCGUUGUCGACUCGGCAGCCUCCAUCAACGCCUCCAAGCACGGCAACCCGGCUCUGCCUUCCAGAACGCCCUCCGCUCUCCUGUCGGCCGUUAAGCUCGCCGGCCUGGUUGACAUCGAGCUGGUUGGUUCACGCAAGGUGUCGGAUGCGGAGCUGGAGAGCUGGAUUGCCUUCUGGGGCGUCGAUGCUGCCGAUGUCGAGGCCGUGAAGCAAUCCCUGAGCGGCAACCUGUUCGUCUCGGAGGUCACGGCGAAGAAGCCUGCGUACGAAGUCGGUGCCGCUGUCAAGCUCUCCUUUGGCAAGAAGGCGGCGAGUGCAGCCCCAGUCGCCUCUCCCGCUCCCAAACAGUCGGUCUGGACGGUCUCUGCCAAUGACGACGACGACGACGACGAUGCUGAGCUUGAGGACGAUGAAGCGCUGCUGGAUGAGGAGGACCGUGCCAAGCCGGUUCAACGACCCGACGAUUGCGAGCUAACGGAUGGACAACGCAAGGCUUGCAAGAAUUGCACCUGUGGCCGGGCCGAAGAAGAAGCCGAGGAAGAACAACGAGCAAUUGAGCAGGUUGCCACCCUGGCGGGCCCAACGAUCUCGGCCACCACCACUGCCACGGGCGUGACCGUUGUUCAGGGCAAGCAGCGCAAGGCCGUACCUGUCUCCUCGUGUGGAAACUGCUAUCUUGGCGAUGCCUUCCGCUGCUCCAGCUGCCCCUACAUGGGCAUGCCUGCUUUCAAGCCUGGCGAAAAGGUCGUUCUCGGCGGAAAUCUCCUCAAGGACGACAUCGAGUACUGAGCGGCACCGAUCAACAAUUAGCCUCCCCAGUCGACGUUUGCAUCUAUUCCAAAGAUGCGGAACUCUGGCCGUCCCCGAGCUGUCACUGGCCAGCACAACGCGGAACGACAUCGAACUGCGGCGCUGUCUGGUAUCGUCGCUGUUCCUCUGCAGCUCACAGCUGCACGCAGCAUUGAUUGUACGAUCGAGCGGUGGAUGACGCUCCAGCUCAUAGCUACUCGGCGACACUGGACCGAGCUCAUCGGGCCAUGCUGCAGCACCCUGCGAUCCAAUGCAAUACACGCCGUCUGCCCCA